AUGUCCCGUGGGCCGACGCCUGUCCAUGCGCUUAUGACUUCCUCACGGAGACGCGGCGGGCCGACGUUCACAGCACAGCGCGGACAUCAGCUAAUCAUGAAAUUCUGGGCAUCGCACCCCCGCCCUACGCCCGCGCGCACGUUCAUGAUGAGCACUUCGUCUGAGUAUCAUUUGUCUUUCUCUAUCAGCUACAGGGACCAGAAGCGUGCGCCUUCUUAA